AGAAAAGCAAGAAAUAGCGAAUCUCGCACACGGCCAGCGUCAUUCAUCGUCCAACCGUACGUGAAGUGCGUUCGUUGUUGCUCUGCGAGCUGUCGGAAAAAUUCCCUUCCAGAAUUGCGGUACGUUUGAAACCGAAAAAACAACCACACAUCAAGAUGCGUUCGUUCACCGUUGUUGCCGUGCUGGCGCUUAGCUUCUGCUACGUCCAUGCUGCCGAAGAGACGGCCACGAAGGAAGCUUCUACCAGCACCGAUGGUGGAAAGACCUACAAGCGACUCAUCCCAGCGGAUGUGCUGCGAGAUUUCCCCGGUAUGUGCUUUGCCUCGACCAAGUGUGCCACCUUCGAGCCGGGUCAGUCCUGGGAUCUGACGCCGUUCUGUGGUCGCUCCACCUGCGUUCUGUCUGAUGAUGCUCAGCCACGUCUGCUCGAGCUGGUAGAGGACUGUGGACCACUGCCACUGGCCAACGAUAAGUGCAAGCUGGACACCGAGAAGACGAACAAGACGGCUCCCUUCCCAUCGUGCUGCCCAUCGUUCACCUGUGAGCCGGGCGCGAAGUUGGAGUACCCGGAAGUUAAGACUGCCCCCGAAUCGGCCUCGGAGCAGCCACCCAGCAAGAACUAAGCGUUCGUGCCUUAUGCGGGCAUUUCUUGCCUUUCGGUGUCAAUCAAGCCACCGGCAUGCAAAGCAUCUUAAUCUACGCGCUUUCGAACGGCACGUUAGCAGCGACAAGCUCCUAUCCUAAGAAUUAGAACGAAAAAAACAACAACAUAAAGACGUGAGCCUACAAUAACAUAACCAUUGUAAACCGAACCAAUUAUCCAAGUCCGACAACAAUCGUGCAAGUACGUUUUGACAUGUUUCUUUCAAUAUGUUUCCCUUGUUUUUUUUUUCAAUGUAUUUGUUAUCAUUUACAUACUUCCCGUGUCUCCAAACAAAGGUCUUUUUUUUAGUAGGAAGAGGAACCGGUAUACUACCCCCGGAUGAUCCUCGACAGUAACAGCAAGCAGUAUAUGAACAAUUAGUCAAGUUUGUGAUAUUAGAAGUAUAUAUUUAUCUGGAGAGGAAACGCAAAAGCAAACAGCAAACGCCACAAACGCCAAACAUCAGAACCCAACACUGUGUCCCACGUGUGGACGUUAGAAACCAGACAGUACAGUACAGUGCGGUAGUAAUGUGGGCGAAGAUCCUAGUAUGCAGUAACAGUGCAAACGAAGAGCUUACUACUGUAAGGAUGUUGCAUGAAGAAAAAAACACGCCAGCAAACAUUCCCAUUGCACUGGUUUCUCUGUGUUCGGUUUGCAUCGUUUGACAUCAACAAUUCCAUCACAGAACAGACAGGUCCCCCUCCCCGUAAAAGGUUUCUUCGCAUCUCCUCAUCUUCAUCUACUUCCGGUGCAGACGAUCAUUAUGUAUUGCGCAAUGCCUAAAUACUGUUUUAAGUUGUGUAAUUUUGUUUUUCGAACAAUCUUUUCAAAUAAAAUUCAAUUCAAUACUGAAUUAACAAUGUAA